AUGUCUGCCCCUUCUGCUACCACCCAGCAACGCAUUCUCGAAGGCAAAGUGGCCAUCGUGACCGGCGCCUCUCGUGGCAUCGGAGCUGCCAUUGCCAAGCGUCUCGCUGCUGACGGUGCUCUCGUUGCUGUCAACUAUGCCAAGAGUUCCGACGCUGCUGCGACAGUGGUGAAGGAGAUCAAGGCCGCCGGCGGUGAGGCUCAUGCCUUCCAGGCAGAUGUGGCCUCGAAGGAACAGAUCUUCCGCCUUGUUGAAGAGGUCGUGCGCCACUGGGGCCGCCUGGACAUCCUCGUCAACAACGCUGCAACUCCUGGCGUUGCUAGUGCAGUCGAAGACGUCACGGAGGAUGUAUUGGAGAACGUGCUGGCCACGAACUUCAAGGGUCCGUUGUGGGGCAUCCAGGCAGCGUCGAAGGUGCUUAAGUCCGGAGGCUCCAUUAUCAACAUCACCAGCAUCGCCUCUCGCGGGUGGCCGGACUUGUCAGUGUAUGGGGCAACAAAGGCGGCAGUGCAGACCUUGAGCAUCACGGCAGCCAAGGAGUUGGGCCCAAGGGGCAUCAGGGUCAAUUCGGUCGCCCCUGGCGUCAUCCCCACCGACAUGUCUCGCGGCGCCUUCCCGCCAGGCGGGUACGAACAGAUGGAGGCACAGACCAAGCAGCUCACUCCAUUGGAACACCGAGUGGGAACAGUGGAAGAGCUGGCCAACGUUGUAGCCUUCCUGGCAGGCCCCGAGGCCAGUUGGGUGACCGCUCAGACCAUCGACGUCGCCGGAGGCGCCUAA